AUGUUGAUCGUGACCCUCAUUUUUUCUGCAUUCUUGAUCUACUCGGUGGAAGGACAAUGCAGCUCAACAGAGGAUAGUUAUAUUGGAGAUUUAUGCUAUACUAUCUACAACCAACAACUCUCCUUCCAAAAUGCUCAAAGCUACUGCUACGGACUCAACAAAAACCUUGGAGUGAUUCAUACCACUCUCCAGUCGAACUUUUUGGCUUCCCUGGUCCGCACAAAAACCGGGUCUAACGAAGCGUUGUUCUGGAUUGGUUUGAGCCGCCCAUCUCUGAAUUCCAGGUUCCAAUGGGAUGAUGGAACCACAAUGUCGUGGAGCAACUUUGAUUCGAAUUUCCCGAAAGAUAACUUGAAUGUCGCUGAGAGUGUAUUGAAUGGAAAAUGGCGUACUAUGAACGGACAGGAAGCAUUAUUCUUUGUUUGUAGCUAUGAUCCAAGGAAGGUUACACCUGGAACCGCUGGACCAACUACCACCGGGUAUUAUACAGAUGGAUCUACUACUUCUACUGAUUGGCCAGCCUCUACCCAAACCCAAUCAUCAAGCUCCGGCUCAACUUCCGACUAUCCGACAGACAGCAGUAAGUCUUAG